GUCUGACCUGUAAUAGUAGAUCAGCUAUAAGUUAGAAUACCUUGAGGGGGUCACACUAUUGCAGAGAAGACGCUACUCUAGGGAGGUUGUGAAUAAUUGCAAUAAUUGCUUCCCAUCUUCCCACUCCACCCCCAUUUCUGCCCGGGAACAAACUGUAACGUGCUCCUGGCUUUUUUUUUUCCUAAUGCACUUCCGGUGCACACCGGAUGUUGCUAAAAAUAUUAAAGCGCCCGUUAAGAAGAAGAGGAGAGAACCCAGUGAAAUGUGUGCCUUUUGUGAACGAAAGGUGCUGAUGGAAAUGUUCAUGGGAAAAUAGUUGUCUACAUUCUCCUUUUAUUCUCCCUUAAUAUAAAGUGAAGCCUCGGCCUAGGUGUUCUUGCUGUGCCAUACCAAAUCGUGGACCAUGAUGGAUCGAAGAAGAGCCUUAACUAUUCCAUUUACUGUUGACAAGGAUAACUUCAUGGGAAACCCACUCACAAUCCCCAUACCAUGUCUUUCAUCACAGUGUGGGAAGUUAGACAGACAGGUUUCCUGGACUACAUUUGCAGGUUGCAAAUUCAGGCAUCGUGAUUCGAAGUAUAAAAAUGGAUCCAUGCUGUUUGAUCACGACCGUGCAGCCAUGGUCACAUUGGAAAUGGACAGGAGGAAGCCCUGUCUGAUCCUGAAAGAUGUCCUAAAGACAGAACUGGGCAAGGCUUAUAUGGAAAGGAUAAAACAGAGUCAUACGUUGGGAAAACAAGGACAAGUGUCAAGUACACGGAGGAAGAGUGGUCAGUGCAGAGAGCAACCCCUGAUCUGCAGAGACACGAAGUGGAGUCAGAGGGAAGCCAAGAAUGAUAAAAACAAGAGUGUAACCUCUAAAUGCAACCAGAAGACCACCUCCUCACCCUCUCAAAGGUCAAGACUCAGGAGAAGGUCACAAAAUGUUGAUGACGAAGUGGACAAAGAAGAAAACAAAGAUAUUGAGGAGGUGAUAAUAGGCACGGACAACGGAAUGGACUACAAAUUCUCUGAAGUCGUAGAUUGUGGGUUGUCAGUGAGCUGGGAGCCUGCCGAGGAUACAGGAGGUUCUGAUGAGUUCUCCCCGUCUAGCAUCAAGGAGGGGUGGACUGAUCCAGAAAAAGAAGUACAACACAGUUUGAAGAGGAAAAGAAAGGUUGCGGUUGGGUCCCAGUGCAAUGGAACAGACAGUCCCAAACGCCACCGUGAGAGUGUGCUUCGCCUCACUGGAGAAGACGGAAGAGAUGGAGGAACAGCCCCUACACGCAUUUGUCUGGAAGAAAGUGGAGAAGACGAAGAUUUGGAGAGCCUGGACCGUACCAUUGUACAGUUCACGGUGGGAGCAGAUGAUCAAACAGACAUUCUGGUCCCAAUCAUCAGUCCUAAUGAGGAGGCCGGAGACUUUAUUGGUAUUCCCAGACGAAGUCCAUCGUCUAGCCAGGACAACACAACCAAUACCAGCCCCUCUGAACCCAUUGUGCUGUCCAGUGAUGAUGAGGAGAGAGGUGACGUUCCUCAGCACUGCAGCCCAGCAGUCCAUACACUGGUCACUGUGGAAGAUGCAGUAAUACAGGGACAAUCCCCACAGGAAGCUGUGGCCAAACAGCAAGAAACUUCUGACAUGCAGGUGUUACGUGUAGUUGUAGAUCUUCCUGGUUCAAUUCCUCUCAUCCCCAGUGUAGACUACUCCUGCAUGGGUGUGGCCUUCUUCACCCUGCACUGUGGAGGUUAUCAAGGGAAAGCGAAUGGAGACAUCAUGAUAGCAGACCAAAAAAUCAUCAUCCCACUGAAAGACAAUAGUGAACAGGUGGAGGUGAUGUUGACUUUUGAGCGUAAAGAGCUGAGGAGGUACAGUGUUUGGGAACAGCAGGAACUGGAGGCCCAGGAGCUUUACUUUAAGGGGGACGAGGAGCCUUCCCCUGCUGCUGUCCUUCUGUUUUGUGUGUCAGAAACUGCUGCAGCUGCUGUACAGCGAGACCUUCUCAAGCUGUGUGUCAAACAAGAUGGAACCAUGAAUACUGGCAAGGCGAGCCCCUUCAUCCUGCUGACUCUGAGAGAUCCUCUGGAGGGAAUGGAGGGGGCUUUAUUGCGCUCCUUCCUGGACAUUGACUGUCUCAACAGUCUUGCAGAUGAAAAAUCCAUUCUUCCCCAUGCUGCAGACAUAAUUUGUGGUUUGGAAGACAUCCACACUCCUGUUCUUUCUCUGGAUGAUAGCAUAGAGCUGAUUAGAAGAACUGGACUGGACUCUCACCUGCUGUCUCUGCUGGGUCUGGAGAGUGCUGACCCUAGACCUAACACAGACCAGGAUGGUCCACAUCUUGAUACAGACAAAAACACCACACCACACAUCCGACUGGAGAUAGAUUUACAGAAAGAGACUGUACUGGAGCUGGAUACGGCGAUAGAACAAGACACAGGGACACAACUCAAACCAGAGGAGGAUCAGAAAGAACAGAAAGAGCUUGAACAUCCCUCUGAGAAAAGAAAGGAAGAACCCACUCCUGCAUACACACUGUGCCAUCGUAGAACCAAAGGAUCCUACUCCGUGUCCCUGUGUAAACCAGACUCAAGCUGGACUAAAUAUAAACAUCAGGGCCUGGCUCACAGGUUGAUCCAGUUUCCUCCUCCGCCAUUAAAGGGAGGAAUAACUGUUACAAUGGAGGACCUGCAGUGCCUUGACAGUGGGCAGUUCCUCAAUGAUGUUAUCAUUGAUUUUUACCUCAAAUACCUCCUCCAGAAUGCCUCUGCUGCUGUGGCCGAGCGCUGCCACAUCUUCAGCAGCUUCUUCUACAAGCAGCUGACACGGAGGGACAACGCCAGUGAAGGCAGCACCAGUGACUCUUGUCAGAGGCAGAGGCGGCACCAACGGGUGAAGACAUGGACACGCCAUGUGGACAUCUUCAAAAAGGACUUCCUGUUUGUGCCUGUCAAUCAGGAGGCUCAUUGGUAUUUAGUUGUUAUUUGCUUUGCUGGACUGGAUGAGCCAAAAUCUGAGGCCUGGAAUGAUCCAAACUCAGAGACGGGAAAGAGCCAUGGUGGGACAGCUGAGAUACAGGAUCAAGAGGUGGCUCAAGGAUCUAAAAGCCCAAACGAUAACACGGAGACACCACCUACAUUAAACCACAGUGACAAUGUGGACACAGAGACAGAAAACACGCAAGAAGAAUCCACCAAAGACUCACCACCUGGUCCAGUGAACUGCACAGAACGGACCUGCCAGAAGAAAACUGUUUGCAAGAGGCCGUGUAUUCUUAUCAUGGAUUCCCUCAAACUUUCUCUUCAUGAGCGAGUCUUCAAACUCUUACGGGACUACUUGCAGUCAGAAUGGGAGGUCCGUCGUGGUUCAUCAAGGGACUUUAGUCCUGAUCAGAUGCAAAGCUCACACUGCCAAGUUCCUCUUCAGGAUAACAGCAGCGACUGUGGCCUCUACCUGCUGCAAUACGUCGAGAGUUUUUUGAAGGACCCUGUGGUACACUUUGACCUCCCUCUACAGCUAGAACGUUGGUUUCCACGGCAGCAGGUGCGGAGGAAACGAGACGAAAUCAGAGAUCUGGUACUAAACCUUUAUCGACAUCAAAACCUGGAUAGUAACAGAUAGACACGUGAAGCAGUGCUGCUGUUCAGUGCGUCACAUUCCUGUAGCCAUUUUAAAUCACCGCUCAUACUGAGCAACAGACAUUUCAGAGUGAACUGAAAAUAUUUCCUUUAACUUAGAUGCUGUUAUUGUUUUAUGCAUUAACUUGAACAAAACAUGUAAACCUUUGACUAUCUGUGGGUCCUGUUAGUGAACAUGAAGGCAUCAGUUAAUUUGUCCAUUCAACCAGAAAAUUUUAAAGUAGAUUAUAUCUAGAGAUGCAAAUGUUUGUACACCCCAUGACUUUUUACUGAUUGUUUUUAUACUGCUAGAUAUUUUAUAAAGGCAGUUAUUUGCAUUUUAUUUUCUAUGUAAAAAUCAAACAAUAAAUUCUGUAAAAGUGUAACAAUGGGAAAACCGAGUUUGUAGAGCUAAUUGUUAACUUGCUUUGCUGACAUUUGUUAGACAUUUCAUGUCAUGUGUGACUUAAUAUUUCAGUCUCAACCAUGGGCUUUCUGAUCAAAACUGUUCUGAUUCUGCAUUCUUUGCAUCAUUACAUGUUUGGAUGAACUAAAUUCCUAAAAUGCAGGCACAGGGCUGCAUAGUAUGAAGUACAUCGCAGUUUCCUUUAUUAAUUUCAUUAUAAAUGACAUGCCGUUGAAGCCUCAGGAACUGGAAUCCCAACGUGAAACAGCAACUCCAUCUUUUGCCCCUUGUUGGAAGAAAACAAUGAACUCUUUCAGUUAUUCAGUGCCUCUCAGUUAUCAUGUUAUCAUGUUGGCUGCCAGAUAGAAGAUAUGAUUGUGGUCUACAGAUGAAAAUAAUAACAAAGCUGAAUUGUUGUAUGCUACCAUUUAUCUGUGGCUCACUCUGUACUGCAAUCCAUCAUGGACCCUAAAAUCAUAUAUGGACACAGUUGUGUUGCCUGAUAUCAACUUUGUCUCCGCAAAUUAGCAGAAUUGGACCAAUUUGGGAUGUUAAACUAUCAAUGUAGUCAGUUUGUAUAUAGCAUAUUCUAAAUCACUGUUUUGAUACUGACGUGGCAUUAAAGUUCUUUUGCCUUUUUGGCAUUACCAUUUAUUUGUCCAGAUUUGACACACUGAUGCUUUGAAAGGGAGUGGCUGCUAUCAUGUAAACUGAUUUCAGUACAUAGAUUAAGAAGAAACAUUUUGGUAUAAAAUGUGGGGGAAGUAGUUGCCGAUCAUGCAGUUAAAAUCAUAGAACAUAUAAGAUAAGAAAUGUGAAUCCUUAAUUAUUUUAAUAAGAAUACAACUUGCAAGAAGUUCAGGGGUGCACAUACAUUAGCAUGUGUAACGGUAUGCUCUCAGAUUAAGACCUAAGAUACCUUGUAGUCCAUCACUACUGGUGCCUAAGUUCUUCUCAACAGAAAUCAGUCUUGUAGUUUUUUCCCUUUUUGUUUGUCUCUUUAACACUUUAUAAUGUCCUUGAUGCCAUGUUUUUUUUUAGACAUUGUGUUUAAUGAAUGUACAGGAGCUGAUUCCAAAAUAUCUUUGGUUUCAAUGGUGCAUUAAAACCUGUAGACUGAAUUAAACUUGUUAUUUUGU